UUGCCUUUUACAGCGGGUCGGCUGAUCAUCAAAGCAUCCUUCAGGCGGAAGUAGACGUAGGGAAUUUUUUUAAGUUCUCUUUGACUUGCGCACUAGCUGCCAGGGUGUAGUCGGAUAGUUCUUUUCCUUCAAAAGUUUUGCCAAUGCGGGAGUGACAAAGUUUCGAGACCGUGGAAGUUUGCAAAACAGAGGAAGAGGAGAGUGCGACUGCGAAGGGAGCAGUCAAGGCUGAGGAAGCACUUGUGAGAGCCGAGUUACACUCCCGCAUGAUUUUAUUUAUUUUUCCGCGAACACGGUAGCUGGAGAGUUACCGCAGAUCCCAGAGCCCUCAAGGGAAAGAGGGAACUUGAUUAGUUAGAUAUCGUUUAAACUUCUGGAGAACAAACGGACUAAAUCAUGCGUUUUCCAUGGUGUGUGGUCGUAUUGACUUUUUGGGCUGCAUGCAGCCAUUGUGCAAUGGAUGAGUGUGAGGACGAGUACGGUCGGCCUCAACGGUGCAUGCCCGAGUUCGUCAACGCCGCUUUUAAUGUCACCGUCGUAGCUACAAACACCUGCGGCUCCCCUCCUGAAGAAUACUGCGUACAGACCGGGGUGACAGGGGUCACGAAGUCGUGCCACAUCUGCGAUGCCAGGAAUCCUAGAGAACAUCACAGUGCUGUGUACCUCACUGAUUACAACAACCAAAUGGAUACCACCUGGUGGCAAAGUCAAACCAUGCUAGCAGGCAUCCAGUAUCCUAACUCCAUCAAUCUGACGCUCCACUUGGGUAAGGCCUUUGACAUCACCUACGUGCGCCUGAAGUUCCACACCAGCCGCCCGGAGAGCUUUGCCAUCUACAAGAGGACCAGGGAGGACGGGCCAUGGGUGCCUUACCAAUACUACAGCGGCUCCUGCCAGAAGACCUACAGCAAGCUCAACCGCGGCUUCAUCCGCACCGGCGAGGACGAGCAGCAGGCGCUGUGCACAGACGAGUUCAGCGACAUCUCUCCUCUCACCGGCGGCAACGUGGCCUUCUCCACACUGGAGGGGCGUCCCAGCGCAUACAACUUCGAUAACAGCCCCACUCUGCAGGAAUGGGUGACUGCCACAGACAUCCGGGUGACCCUGAACAGACUGAACACGUUUGGAGACGAGGUGUUCAACGACCCCAAGGUCCUCAAGUCCUACUACUACGCCAUCUCGGACUUUGCUGUGGGUGGAAGGUGCAAGUGCAACGGCCACGCCAGCGAGUGUGCGAAGAACGAGUACAGCAAAAUGGUCUGCAACUGCAAGCACAACACGGAGGGCGACGACUGCAGCGUGUGCAAGCCGUUCUACAACGACCGGCCCUGGAGGAGAGGAACCGCCGACAACGCCAACGAGUGCUUGCCCUGCGACUGCAAUGGCAAGAGUUCCGAGUGCUACUUUGACUCUGAGCUGUACCGGGCCACGGGCCACGGAGGCCACUGCCGCAACUGUGCGGACAACUUCGACGGGCCAAACUGCGAGCGUUGCCUGGACAACUACUACCGGGAGCCGACCGGCAGCCGCUGCUUGCCAUGUGGCUGCAACUCAGUCGGUUCUCUGAGCACCCAGUGUGACUCAACCGGGCGCUGCAGCUGCAAGCCUGGCGUGAUGGGGGACAAGUGUGACCGCUGCCAGCCGGGAUUCCAUACCCUGACCGAGGCAGGCUGCAGACCCUGCUCCUGUAACCCCUCCGGAAGCACACAAGAGUGUGAUGUGCAGACAGGACGCUGCCAGUGCAAGGACAACGUGGAGGGCUUCAGCUGUGACAGGUGUAAGCUGGGCUACUUCAACCUGGACCCCCAGAACCCCCAGGGCUGCACGCCCUGCUUCUGCUUCCAGCACUCGUCUGUGUGCGACACGGCCGAAGGCUACAGCAUCCACACAGUCACCUCUACGUUUGACAACGAUGAUGACCAGUGGACAGGUCAGCGUAGGGACGCCACAUCUGCUGAGGUCCAGUGGUCCCCCAGCUCCCAAGACAUCUCGCUCAUCUCCGAUGACUACUUCCCCAUCUACUUUGUUGCUCCAGAGAGAUUCUUGGGCAAUCAGCUGCUGAGCUUUGGCCAGAACCUGACGUUCACCUUCCGCUCGGACCGGCAGGACGCGCGUCUCUCAGCAGAAGAUGUGGUGCUGGAGGGAGCCGGACUUCGCGUCACCGUGCCUCUUAUUGCCCAAGGCAACGCCUAUCCUGAAGAGAACGUGAAGACCUAUGUGUUCAGGCUGCAUGACACCACAGACUACCCCUGGAGGCCUGUCCUUGGCCCCGGAGACUUCCAGAAGCUUCUCCACAACCUGACCGGCAUCAAGAUCCGCGGCACCUACAGCGAGAGAAGUGCUGGGUACCUGGACAACGUUUCCCUGAUGACUGCCCGUAGAGGACCCGGCACCCCUGCCCGCUGGGUUGAGAAGUGCACGUGCCCACAAGGCUACGUUGGCCAGCACUGUGAGCAGUGCGCCGUGGGAUACCGUAGAGCCAACCCUGAGCUCGGCCUCUUCAGCCCCUGUGAGCACUGCAACUGCAACGGCCACAGUGACACAUGCGACCCUGUGACAGGACUGUGUGACUGCCAACACAACACCGCUGGUGUGAGCUGUGAGAGGUGCAAAGAUGGUUACUAUGGCGACUCCACCCUGGGCACCUCCACCGAUUGCCAGCGGUGCCCAUGCCCAGGAGGGGCUACCUGCGCCGUCGUUCCCAAGACACGGGAGGUGGUGUGCACCAACUGCCCCACUGGUACCACAGGCAAGCGCUGUGAGCUAUGCGACGAUGGCUAUUUUGGCGACCCCCUGGGCGAGGACACCAAGACCAAGAGGCCGUGCCGCGCCUGCACCUGCAGCGACAACAUCGACCCCAACGCUGUGGGCAACUGCAACCGCGAGACGGGCGAGUGCUUGAAGUGCAUCUACAACACCGCCGGCUUCUUCUGUGAUCGCUGCAAAGAGGGCUUCUACGGUAACGCCUUGGCCACCAACCCAAAUGAGAAGUGCAAAGCCUGCUCCUGCUCUCCGUACGGCACUGUGGAUCAGGAGACCUCCUGCCUGCAGGUGACCGGCCAGUGCCAGUGCCUGCCCCACGUCACCAACCGAGACUGCAGCGCCUGUGAGCCUGGCUUCUUCAACCUGCAGAGCGGCAAGGGCUGCGACAGGUGUAACUGCAGUCCCAUUGGCUCCACCAGCGGUCAGUGUGACAUCUUGUCUGGCCAGUGCGAGUGCCAGCCAGGGGUCACAGGUCAGCAGUGUGACCGCUGUGAGGUCAACUUCUUCGGCUUUGGCUCCUCCGGCUGCAAACCUUGUGACUGCGACCCAGAGGGCUCCCAGUCAGCACAGUGCAAGGAGGACGGGCGGUGCGAGUGCCGCCCUGGCUUUGUGGGUGCCCGCUGUGACAUGUGCGAGGAGAACUACUUCUACAACCGCUCCACUCCUGGCUGUCAGCAGUGUCCCAACUGCUAUGGCCUGGUUAGGGAUAAGGUUAACCAGCAGAGACAGAAGCUUCACGACCUUCAGACGUUGAUUGAUAACCUUGGCACAAGCUCAGAAACGGUGAGCGAUAAGGCGUUCGAGGCACGUCUGAAGGAAGCAGAGAAGGCCAUCAUGGAUCUGCUGGAGGAAGCCCAGAGCAGCAAGGAUGUGGAUGAAGGUCUAUUGGAACGUCUGAACAACAUCAACAACACCCUGACCACCCAGUGGAACCGACUGCAGAACAUCCGCAACACGGUGGACAACACGGGAACGCAGGCGGAGAAGGCCCACAGGCGGGUACAGGACGCGGAGAGCCUGAUUGACAGAGCACGUCAGGAGCUGGACAAGGCCAAGGACGCCAUCGGCAAAGUUGACAUCAAACCACUCACGACCACAGGAGGGCCAAACAACAUGACCCUACUGGCUGAGGAGGCCCGCAACCUGGCUGACAAGCAUAAAUCAGAUGCAGAUAUGAUUGAGAAGAUUGCCAAAGAUGCCAAUGACACUUCAACGAAGGCAUACAACCUCCUGAAGAAGACUUUGGAUGGCGAGGGCAAGACCAGCGAUGACAUCAAUGAACUCAACAAGAAAUACACUGAGGCUAAGGACCUGGCUAAGAACCUGGAGAAGCAGGCCAACAAGGUGCUGGGAGAGGCAGAAGAGGCGAGCGACAAAGCCAACAAGAUCCUGGCCAACCUGACAAGCAUACCGCCUUUCGACACCAAAACACUAGAGGACGAGGCCAGCAAGAUCAAGAAGGAAGCAUCGGACCUGGAUAAACUCAUUGACAAGACGGAGAAGGAGUACAACGACCUGAGGGACGAUCUCAAGCACAAAGAGUCUGAAGUCCGUAAACUGCUGGACAAGGGCAAGACUGAGCAACAGACGGCAGAUCAGUUGCUGGCUCGUGCCGACGCUGCAAAGGCCCUUGCUGAGGAGGCUGCCAACAAAGGAAAGACCACGUACCAAGAGGCUCAGGACAUCCUGGCCAACCUCAGAGAUUUCGAUAAGAGGGUUAACGAUAACAAGACUGCAGCAGAGGAGGCCAUGAAACGCAUCCCGGAGAUCAACAAAAUCAUCAUCGCAGCCAACAACAAGACCAAGGACGCGGAGUCUGCACUGGGCAAUGCAGCAUCGGAUGCCAAGGACGCCAAGAAGACAGCCGAGGAAGCCGAGAAGAUUGCCAGUGCUGUGCAGAAGGGCUCCGCAAAGACCAAGGCAGACGCAGAGAAGGCAUUUGAGGACACCAUGAAGCUGGAUGGGGAAGUUAACGACAUGUUGAAGGAGCUGUCUAAAGCUGAGGAGGAGCUGGCCAAGAAGAAGGCAGAGGCCGAUAAUGACAUGAUGAUGGCUUCUAUGGCAUCGGACAACGCUAAAGAAGCUGAGGUCAAUGCCAGGAAAGCCAAGAGUGCCGUCAAAAUGGUCCUCAGCACUAUCAACGACUUACUCAAGCAGCUAGGCAACAUCGACAAGGUGGACCUGAGCAAGCUGGAGCAGAUCGACGGCUCCCUGAAGCAGGCCAAGGACAAGAUGAACAGCAGUGAGCUGGACAAGAAGCUGAAGGACCUGGACGACAUCGCCAAGACCCAGGAGGCCAUGAUCGGCGACUACGACCGGCAGAUUACUGAAAUCCGCGCGGAUAUCGCCAACCUUAACGACAUCAAGAACACGCUACCUGAGGGCUGCUUUAACACCCCAUCACUGGAGCAGCCUUAACCCUCUCCUCUCCACUGGCCUCCUCCUCCUCCACCUCCUCCUCCACCUCUCCCUCUCUCCAUGCCCCCUCUCUCCUUGUUUGUACCACUCCUUCCAUCUAACACUCGGGCAAACAAAUCGCCAUGUUUUUACAUAAAUAGGUUUGUGUUAUUAUUAUUUUUUUUGUAUGUGUGAUUUUUUUUCUCUCUCUCUUCCAAGAGAGAAGCCGACUUUUUAAAGACUGAUGGUUUUCACUGUUAAAAGAGGAGACCAGCAGCUUUUUCUUGAUUUUUUAAAAAUUCUGUCAUGCAGCAAGCACAGGAGAUGUGAAGUCAACUCAAACUAAAUGGCCUCCAGUGCCCGUGUUGCCCCUGCCCCUCCCAGGAAGACUGGCACAGAGGAGGCGGGCGGUCUCGAGAGAGGGAGGGAAGAGUAGUGCCACUCGCAGCUGAACAGAAAAACCCACAUGACUGCACCACUCCAAGACUUUUCCACACUCCACCCAUGAUUCACCAGCCCUUCAUCCUCCAGCGAACUCCUCCACCUCUGAAGGAAUGUCCUGUAGCUCCACCCCUUACUUCAUACAAAAAGGACAUGCUGGGUUUAGUUGGGGUUUGGGGGGAUAUCAGUGUUUUUAUAGGUCGGUUUUAAUUUUAUUUCUUUUUUUUUGUUUUUGUGUUUCAUUUCAAAGACCAGCAGUACAGUAUGUGCCAUUGGCUUUUUUUUACGUAGCCUCAAUUCAGAACUAGCAGUGAAGGAAUUGUCUUUUGCUUUUCUGCUGUCAGUUAUGCCUCCUGUCUUUCUCAGUGGGAGGGCGGCCGGGUGUGACGGUGGAGAACACACACGGGGUGCAUUCCAAUAUGCUACAUUGAGUCCUCCACUUGUACUUGUGGCCUCGCCCCGCCUUCUGGGCCCUCCUCCGUGGAGAAAACAAUAAAGUUUUCCCGCUGUCAGCCUAGCCAAUUUUUGGGGGACUAUCCUUCAUUCACCACCCAGUUUGCAAACGAGAAAAUGACUUUACA